UCAGCCCGCACUGCUUGGUGCACCAGGACUUUCAGUUUUGGCCGUGUUGCUGUUGCUUCUUCUUUUUCUAAAAAAAAAAAAGUCUUCAAGUGUCAGAAACAGGAUGGUGAAGAUGGGGUGAGAGAGACGCAGACAUGGCAGCAGCAAAGCGUGUUUUCCACCUCCAGCCAUGUGAAAGUCCACCGGCAGCGAUGUCCAGAAAUGGGUAUUUUUUUGAAGAGACUGGUUAUCUUAAAUGUGACACCGAUGACGGCUGUGAGAACAAAGAAGAAGUAGGAGGAGAAGAGCUCUUUGACACUGUAAAUUCCUCAAUUGUUUCCGGGGACAGCAUCAGAUUCUUUGUGAAUGUCAAUUUGGAAGUACAACAGAAUGUAACUGUAGAAAGUGAAAGUGCUGGCUGUGUUUUAUUACAUACAUCUAGAAAGUACCUGAAAUUAAAGAAUUUUGAGGAAGAAGUCAGAGCCCACCGUGACCUGGAUGGGUUCCUGGCCAGAGCUAUCAUCAUACUGGAUGAGACCGCAACCUCCUUGGAUGAUGUCCUUCGAGAGAUGCUGAAACACUUCGCUGAAGAUUCUGACAACACAGAGCCAAGCUGCAACUUUGACAAAAUAAUGAGCACUUUAUUCACCGAUUCGGGAGCCCCCAGGGAAGGGAACGUUCACCUCCUAUCCGAUACAAUUCAGGGGGUCACAGCAACCGUCACAGGGGUUCAAUAUCAACAGUCCUGGCUCUGUAUCAUUUGCACUAUAAAGUCUCUUCAGCGACGUCAUGUUUGCAUCAGCCGCCUGGAGAGGCCUCAGAACUGGGGGGAGAACUCCUGUGAAGUGAGAUUUGUCAUCUUGGUUCUUGCGCCUCCUAAAAUGAAAAGUACGAAAACUGCCACCGAAGUGGGCCGGACCUUCGCCACGAUGUUUUCAGAUAUAACUUUUCGGCAGAAGCUUCUAGAAACAAAAACCGAAGAAGAGUUUAAAGAAGCCUUGGUACAUCAACGCCACCUGCUGACGGUGGUGAAUCAGAGACCCUCAGCAGUGAACGAGGGGCACAAAACACACAGCCACAAGCCGCUCAAGUUGCAUGAGUUUUUCAAUGUUGGCAAGGGAAUAUUCGAUGACAUAGCACGAAGAUUUCCAGUGUACGCUUUGGACUUCACUGACGGGAUUAUCGGAAAUAACAAGGCCAUAGGAAAAUACAUCACAACGAUGAUCUUUUUAUAUUUUGCCUGCCUCCUGCCAUCCAUUGCAUUUGGUUCCCUAAAUGAUGAAAACACAAGAGGAGUUAUUGAUGUGCAGAAGACAAUUGUUGGCCAGUGUAUCGGUGGACUUCUUUAUGCUCUGUUUUCAGGGCAGCCUCUAGUUGUGCUCUUAACCACGGCUCCUUUAGCCUUGUACAUCAAUGUGAUCCGGGGGAUCUGUGAUGACUACAGCUUGGAUUUUAGUGCUUUCUACGCCUGGAUUGGACUGUGGAACAGUUUUUUUCUUGUGCUGUAUUCUCUCUUUAACUUCAGUCUUGUAAUGAAGCUCUUUAAAAGAUCAACAGAAGAAAUCAUUGCACUUUUUAUAUCGAUCACAUUUGUGCUUGAUGCACUCAAAGGGAUUAUUAAAGUUUUUAAGAAAUAUUACUACCAUGAGCACCAAGGAGACAGUUACUUGGAAAAUACACGUGCUGAUGUCAUUCCAAGCCUCAGCAUCAAUACCACCUUCUUGAUGAAUUCAUCAGUGAGCAGGUCUGUGUCGCUGGAGAAUCAGACGGGCAUGAAUGAGGUCGUGCAUUAUGGACGUGAAACUGCUGUCCUUAGUCUCAUGUUGAUGCUGGGAACCCUUUGGCUUGGUCAUACACUUUAUCAAUUUAAGAAAAGCCCCUAUUUGCAUGCAAGGGUCCGCGAAAUCCUGUCCGACUGUGCCUUACCCAUAUCCGUUCUAACCUUCUCCAUCGUAGGCUCCUACUUCUUCAAGGAAAUAGAAAUGUCCAAAUUUAACUACAACCCAUCUGAGAGUUUAUUCGUGCUGGCCCCAAUCCAAUCUCUCUCAAUUGGCUCUGUAAUGAGUGCCAUGGGCCUGGGGUUCCUUCUGUCGAUGCUUUUCUUCAUAGAGCAGAAUAUAGUGGCAUCACUCACAAAUGCUCCAGAGAACAGGUUAGUGAAAGGAACAGCUUAUCACUGGGACCUCCUCCUUGUAGCUCUGAUUAACACGGGACUGUCUGUCUUCGGACUGCCAUGGAUACAUGCUGCGUUCCCUCAUUCCCCAAUGCACGUCCGAGCACUGGCCUACGUGGAAGAGAGGGUUGAAAACGGGCACAUCUAUGAGACGAUAGUGAGCGUGAAGGAGACACGAUUGACUACACUGGUGGCCAACUUCUUGGUGGGUCUCUCGCUCUUCCUCCUGCCCUUCCCACUGCAGUGGAUCCCGAAGCCAGUCCUCUAUGGCCUCUUCUUGUACAUUGCCCUGACCUCCAUUGAUGGGAAUCAGCUCUUCGAGAGGGUGGCCCUCUUGCUGAAAGAACAGGUAUAG